AUACGAUUCAUUUUUGUCCGUGAAUCUACCUAGAGCCGAGCAGUCGUCUUCACAUCAGAGAACGAGAGAGAGUGGGAUUCCAUGAGAGCCCAUCGUCUUUAAUGAAAUCAAGGAGCUCAUUGAAAUCUCGACAAUCUUCAAUUCAUAUGGGGAACAUAGGUUCUAAUGAAUACCGAGGAAUUGGAGAAGAAGUGCCUAAAUCAGCUAAACUUCGAAAAGUCUCAAUAAUCCCCCUAAUCUUUUUAAUUUUCUAUGAAGUAUCCGGAGGUCCUUUUGGAAUAGAGGAUAGUGUUCAAGCUGCUGGUCCUCUCUUAGCAAUCCUUGGAUUUCUCAUUUUUCCUUUCGUAUGGAGCAUACCCGAAGCCCUAAUUACUGCAGAAUUGGGCACAAUGUUUCCAGAAGAUGGCGGUUAUGUUAUUUGGGUCUCUUCAGCGUUAGGUCCUUUUUGGGGUUUUCAACAAGGUUGGAUGAAAUGGCUCAGUGGAGUUAUAGACAACGCUCUAUACCCGGUUCUCUUCCUAGACUAUCUCAAAUCGGAAGUCCCAGCUUUAGGUGGUGGAGCACUGAGAGCUUUAGCAGUGUUAUUCCUGACCGUUGCAUUAACUUAUAUGAACUAUAGAGGCUUGACUAUAGUUGGUUGGGUCGCUGUUUGUCUUGGUGUUUUCUCAAUCCUCCCCUUCCUUGUUAUGGGCAUUGUGGCGAUUCCAAAUUUAGAUCCUUCGAGAUGGUUGGUUUUCAAUUUCAAAAAUGUUGAUUGGGGUUUGUACUUGAACACACUCUUCUGGAAUCUAAACUACUGGGAUUCCAUUAGUACUUUAACUGGAGAGGUUGAUAACCCGGGAAAAACUCUACCAAAGGCACUAUUUUAUGCAUUAAUCUUGGUUGUUUCGGGAUAUUUAUACCCUCUUCUGACUGGCAUUGGAGCUAUUCCACUCGAUAGCGAAUUGUGGGCUGAUGGGUAUUUUUCUGACAUUGGAAAAAUUAUCGGCGGGAUUUGGUUGAGUUAUUGGAUUCAAGGUGCAUCAGCAUUAGCCAAUAUGGGCAUGUUUGUCACCGAAAUGAGCAGUGACUCUUAUCAACUUCUUGGAAUGGCUCAACGAGGAAUGCUCCCGGAGUUCUUUGCUGAGAGAUCUCGCUAUGGUACUCCUCUUGUGGGGAUUUUAUUCUCGGCCUCAGGUGUGAUUCUAUUAUCUUGGAUGAGCUUUCAAGAGAUAGUUGCUGCUGAAAACUUUCUCUAUUGCAUUGGUAUGCUUCUGGAAUUUAUAGCUUUUAUAAAGUUAAGGAUGAAGUAUCCUACGGCAUCUAGGCCUUAUAAGGUUCCUUUGGGGACUACUGGUGGAAUUUUGAUGCUUAUACCUCCUACAUUGUUGAUAUUGAUGGUUUUGGCUCUUGCUUCUUUCAAAGUGAUGAUUUUGAGCGUAGCUGCAAUGCUUGUUGGAUUUUUAUUGCAACCUUGCUUGAAAUUUGCAGAGAAAAAGAGAUGGAUUAGAUUUUCGAUAAGUUCUGAUCUUCCUGAUUUUAGAACAGUUGAAAGUGAGAAUGAUGCCGAAGCUCUGAUGAACUAAGUACUUAUGCCCUUCAAAAAUGGUAAUUUGUAUUAUUUUUUAGUGGGGAUUAUAUGUCUUUUGAAAUUUGCUAUUGACAUGUAUGUAAUUGAUUUCCAUCUCCAUGGACUACUGCUUCAGGUUUAGGUGGCUUAAACAGCAUGGUUGUUUCUUGCCC